UAGAAACAACGCGUCCCGACCCGAGCCCGAGUGGUCCGUAGGGGAAUCUUUUUUAUUAUUUUGAAUAUUUUCUCUUAUCUUCUUUUUCCUGUUUAUUUUUUGUAUUUUAUUUUUAUUAUUUUGGUUCCUCCCUCCCUCCCCCGUUGCCUCUGCGAACUGCGAAGCAAAGAUUUGACCGAUCGGAAGAAGAAAAAAAAAUGGUGAAGGAGACGGAGUAUUACGAUGUUCUUGGAGUGAGCCCAACGGCUACCGAGGCCGAGAUCAAAAAAGCUUAUUACAUCAAGGCAAGGCAGGUUCAUCCAGAUAAAAACCCAAAUGAUCCUCUUGCAGCACAGAAUUUUCAGGUUUUGGGAGAAGCUUACCAAGUCUUAAGUGACCCAGGCCAACGCCAAGCAUAUGAUGCUUUUGGAAAAUCAGGGAUCUCAACCGACUCAAUUAUUGAUCCUGCAGCAAUCUUCGCUAUGCUUUUUGGUAGUGAGCUUUUUGAGGAAUAUAUUGGCCAGCUAGCCAUGGCAUCAAUGGCUUCACUAGAUAUUUUCUCAGAAGGGGAGCAGUUCGAUCCCAAAAAGCUGCAAGAGAAAAUGCGGGUUGUUCAAAGGGAAAGAGAGGAAAAACUUGCAGAAACACUGAAAAAUCGACUCAACCAAUACGUGCAAGGAAACAAAGAGGACUUUGUUAGUCAUGCUGAAGCUGAAGUUGCGAGGCUUUCCAAUGCAGCUUACGGUGUUGAUAUGUUGAAUACAAUUGGCUACAUAUAUGCCAGACAAUCAGCAAAAGAGCUAGGGAAGAAAGCAUUAUAUUUGGGAGUCCCAUUUAUUGCAGAGUGGUUUAGAAAUAAAGGGCAUUUCAUUAAAUCCCAAGUAACAGCAGCAACAGGUGCAAUUGCUUUGAUCCAGCUGCAGGAAGACAUGAAAAAGCAGCUAAGUGCAGAAGGAAAUUACACUGAGGAAGAGCUUGAAGAAUACAUGUCAUCUAACAAGAAGUUGAUGAUUGAUUCCCUGUGGAAGCUUAAUGUGGCUGAUAUUGAGGCCACUCUUUCUCGUGUUUGUCAGAUGGUUCUUCAAGACAACAAUGCCAAGAAAGAGGAACUCCGUGCACGAGCAAAGGGCUUGAAAACUCUUGGAAAAAUCUUCCAGAGAACUAAGUCAACCAGUGGGAAUGAGGGUGAAAGUGCCCAAAAUAGUGGAGUUCAUAUACUGAAUGGAAGUGAAUCGCGCUAUGAUGCUUGUUCUCCUAUAACAACACCUAAGGCCUCAAAUCCUGAAGAGCCAUCUUAUACUGUAUUUGCAUCACAGGUGUCACAGAGCCCCUAUGUGGAAGCCCCCCAAAUUGCAGGUGCGCAGUUUGAUUAUCACUUCCCAAGGCCAACUGCACCACCUGGUGCCCAGAGACAUUCAUCCAUUGGCAGGGAUUAAGGAUGGAGAUUUCGUUUUCCCCUUGUUUUCCGUCUUGUAGUAUAGACUUGUGAAAUAUCUUUUGUAUCAAUGUUGUGGCUGGUUUUGUGGGAAGAAUCUGGGGUUUUGUUUGCUGGAUGUGCUUGCUUGAAACGAGGUCUGAUUGUGGUUGAAGGACGUCUCACCUCCAGCUGAAUAGGCCUCGUGUAUUCUUUUGGGGAAGACAGAUUUAUAUACAUAGGGAGGAAGAUAGAUUGUUGUAGAAGAUGGUAUGCCGUUGUCGCCAAAUGGCUGUUAUAGUUUGCCUAGUUGUUUAUUCUGUAUUUUUUCUGGAGUGACGGAUUCAUGUUUUAGUUUCGAAGGUUCAAAUUUAGGCUCAACCCUAUGUUUUUGUCGAUGUGGAGAUUCAUGUUGAUUGCUCAUAUAAACAAACAAAUCAAAUAUCAAGAUUGUAAUGUACAUUGCCCAUGGGUCCAUAUUAUGUGAUGAUAGAGCUCUCUAUCAUUCUGUU